AUGAAUCACACCAGUUCAACAAUACACGAAGCUUCACAGCCUUGGUCAGAAAAAUACCGACCCAGAUCGCUAGACGAUAUAAGUGCGCAGGAAGAAACUGUGGCAGUAUUAAGAAAAACGAUCGUGUCCCAAAAUUUGCCCCAUAUGUUGUUUUAUGGACCUCCAGGAACGGGUAAAACCUCGACAAUCUUGGCGAUAGCUCGAGAGCUUUACGGACCAGAAAAUAUGAAAAUUCGCGUCAAAGAGUUAAAUGCAUCAGACGAUCGUGGAAUUGACGUUAUUCGGCAAAAGGUUAAAAAAUUUGCGCGUAAUACCAUUGGAAAUCCCAUUAGCGAUGGUUAUUCAUGUCCGCCAUAUAAAAUAAUAAUAUUAGAUGAAGCUGAUUCAAUGACACACGAAGCCCAGGCUGCCUUGAGACGUUUAAUGGAAGAUUAUUCUACGACUACACGUUUCUGCAUAAUCUGUAACUAUGUGACACGAAUUAUUGAGCCGAUAGUUUCGCGUUGCGCCCAGUUUAGAUUUAAGUCAUUAGAUAAUUUUAGCGCGAAAUCUAGGCUUCAAAUGAUAUGCGAUAAGGAACGAGUCAUUUAUGAACCAGAGGUAUUAGAUGAACUAGUAAAAGUGGCAAAUGGAGAUAUGAGAAUGGCAAUAAUGUAUCUUCAAACAGCCUAUUCCGUGUAUAAAGAUGAAGUGAUUACCACGAAAUUUUUCAUACCCGAUGCUGUAAUUGAAGAGCUUAUUCAAAGUGCGCAAAGUCAUUCAUUCAACAAUAUUGAAAAAGCCGUUUCUCACUUCAUUUUGUCAGGGUAUUCAGCUGUUCAAUUAUUGUCUCAGAUUCAAGAUCAUAUUGUAUACGAUAAUGAUAACAGAUUCUCAAAUAUUCAAAAAGCGAAUAUGGCAAUUUGUAUUGGUGAAAUGGAUAAAUGUUUGGCAGAUGGAUGUGAUGAGCAUUUACAAAUUUUGAAUUUGAUUGCCACUAUUUCAAAGAAUAUAUUAUUCUCUGAGGAAAUGAUUACCGAUUAA